UUUCGCAUUUGAAUCGCGUGUGGAAUGUGUCGUAUCUUUUGAUUUGAAUGAAGCGUCAAAAUGUUCUAAGCACCGCGUCCAUUGCAUCUUGUGUUUAAAUUGAUGAUUAUUUCUUUAUUACCUAAUAAAAUGUGAACAAUUAAACUACGAAGCCAUUUGCAAGAGAUACUAUACGAAUUUCUGAGCUAAAAAAGAUAUUUUGACGUUUGUUUCCACGUGGUGACUGUCAAGUAUUUAGCUACGUGUUAAUUUUGUUCAUUAUAUUUAAUAAAGUUACUGAUCUCGAUCGCAUAUUGCUCGCGGAAUGGAGUCCUUGAACAUGUCAAAAUUAAAUUUGUCCAGCGUAAGGAGCCACGCGACAAGCGAAAACUGUACAAAACCAGAUGUUACAGAAAUAAAGUACGAAUCGAAUACACUCCUGGACCCUGAUGAUGAGUUCCACUGCGAAUACAGAGAUGACAUUUGGAAGAAUCUAUUAGAACAAGACGCUCAGAAACCUGUUAUACACCUGCAAUCACCACAGCUCGAAUUCAGAGGGGCCCUAGUGCAGCAGUUGCGCGACGUCUCAAAGAAGCUGGGUCUCUCGCUAGCAACACUGCACUCUGCGGUCGCACAGUUGGAUCUAUUCAUGGACGCACACAGACUGAGGGCGGAUAGACUCACACACGUGGCGCUCGCGUGCUUGUCUCUUGCAGCAAAGAGUGAAGAGAAGCUCAGCAGGGCGCCCACGCUGAAAACGUUGGCUAAAAUAAGCGGAGUACAAUUAUGCGGCAAGACGUUCAGACAAUUAGAGUGGAUGGUCGGUCAGCACGUGCGUUGGCGACUGCUAGCGCCCACGCCCGUGACUUUCGCGGCCCUGUUGGCGCAGUACGUGGUCACCGACGCGGAUCUGACCACGAGGCACCCGAAGUUUGUGAGACGGUUCAGGCGGGAUGGAGCUAAAUUGCUCGAAGCAUAUCUGGAUUUGACACUGUCCGACGUGCGUCUCAAAGUAGUAGAGAGCGUGGAGGUGGGUUGCGCGUGCGUGUCGUGCGCCCGCGCGGAGCUCGGGCUGUGCGCGUGGCCGCGCUGGCUGGCGGAGCUCAGCGGCCGCCGGCACGAGACCGUGGCCCCGGUGGCCAGGCUGCUGCACAGGAUGAUGCAGAUAAAAUCGCGCGACACGUCCGAGUGCGAAGUGGACCAAGGCUACAGUAGCGCACGGACCACGCCCAACAUUACCCCCUCUACGUCACCACAAUACCAAAUAUCGCCCCCCACGACUUGCACCAACUACCUCGACUACAGACAACCGAUCAACACAGAGUACCUAAUCCCAGAGACGAACCUCAACUACUACAGGAUCUCGCAACAAACGGACCACAGACUGUGCAGAGCGAGCAGACUAAUCGAAGCGAGCAUAGAACCAUCCACAAGUAUGGCUGUGAAAAGAAACAUUGAUUCGAAUGAAUUAGAACUAGAUAGAAAGAGAUACAGGGUGUCUCUGUCGCAGGCGGUUCAAUGAUAGCGUCUAGUCGGUGUGGCUGGUUCUGGAACGUUCGAGAAGCAAAGGUAAUGUGGUUAUGGAACGUUCUAGAAGGAUUCAAAUUUUCGAGGAAAUUUGAGUUUCUAAUUUCGAAUGUAGGCAUUGCUUUUUAUUAAAUGUGGGAUAUAAUAUGUUGUUAUUAUGUAAACGCUGUAUUAUUUCAAUAAUUGCGUCGCUGUUUUCUCGGAUUUGUAUUGGUAGAAGUAUUUUUGCAUAUAAUUUAAUUGAGAAAUAUAUCGGCGUUAAGAAACAUUGUACUCGAUUAAAUGUUAGAGAUUAUAGCAAUAAUUACGUUAAUAUUGUAAAGUGCCUCGUUUGAACUUAAGCCGGUCACACUGCGUUUAGCAAAUUCAGUACAUAUUUACAUGCACAUAGAGUUCCUAGUUGCAAUUGUUUUUUAUUUAUUUUAGUAUCAUUCCAAGAGACGUACCAGUGUUUUUUAGAUAUGUACUGAAUUGAUUUAUUUUUUGCAUUUAUUUAUUAAUUUGUUUGAAGGUAUUUAAUCAGACACGCCUACAGGCGAAACGGGCGAACGGGUCAAAAAAUAACGCGUGAUAAAUAAUAUUUAUUUAUAAUUCUGUCUCGUAGCAUUUCUAUAAAUAAUAUCAAAGAAAUCCCUUUCCCCUAUUUCCCCUAUUUUUGGUACACAAAUAAUUUGAUUAAAAUAUAUCCCAUAUAAAAUACACUAUCAAAAAUCACGUGUGAAUAAUCACAUGAGAAAAGUCACUGUGAAAAAAUCACUGAAAAAUUGAUAAAUCACAGCUGUGAUUUAACCGUUUGCCCUUAGAUUAAUGCUAUGCCAAUUGCGAAGUCUGAAUUCUAUAUUGUAUUAGAUGACUGACUCUGGACAUUUUAUUUACUCACUGUACCUAUUUAGUUUAUUUAUGACUGGUAUGAUUUUUAACAGACUUCAAAAAAAUGGAGGUUAUCAAUUCGGCCGGUAUUUUUUUUAAUAACUAAAUUUUCUUUAACACCAUGUCUCCGCCAUCUUAAUACUCUAUGGUUCAAAUAAAAAAAAAAACGAAUAUUUUGAACAUAUUCUUACAGCUUGCCUAUUAUAUCAUUAAUAUUAAAAAAUGUAGUUUUUAAACAAAAUAUCUUGAAAUUUGUCUAGAGUGUAGUUUGUUUUAAACUUAAUCUACAGCAUUGCUGUGAAAAGACUUCGUACGGUAUCGAAAAACCUAAGUACGUUUUAUACGAAAUAUUUAAAUUUAGGUAGGUAGUAACAAAUUAACCAAUUGAGUUCACAACUCGCGUAUGUUAAUGUGACAGUGUUGCCAACAACUGUAGUACACCAAAGAACCUUUUAAAGUAUAAAUAUUAGGUAAUAUCACUUAAGAGGAGGCUCCCUUUCUCAUUUCUGGCACUGAGAGACCGGUUACAGUACUAGACGCUAAUACAGCCGUAAUAAAGUUGAAUAUCGCGUGCGCUCUUUGAUCGCGUUCGAGCUCGAAAAGUAAGUCUCAAUUCUUAUUUCGUUUAUAACUAAAGUAAUAAUUGAUCUAGAGAAAAAAUAUCUUCGGAUUCGAUAGUAAACUCUAUUUUCUUACUGUUAACAUUUAUUUUAGACACAAAGUCCAAGUAAAUCUUUAAAAAAAUGUAAUAAUCCUUAAAAAGGCAUAAUUUUUGAAUAAAAAAUAAAUCGAGCGAAAAUGUUACAAUUACGCAAAUAUCUUGUACUUACAUCGAAAGAAAAAGACCCAAAAAAUCAUAUACUAAAGUUCUAUUUUGAUUGUAUGUGUGCUUGUUUCAGAAUAUUAAUGCAAAUUCACAUUAAAUAUAGGGAGCUUCCCCUUAAAAAUAAUUUAAAACUACCAGUAGUUUAGUAAUGAAGAACCUGAAGAUAUAAAAUGGAACUCUAUUAAUAUCUGCAAACUGUUAGAAUAAUUGGCAGCACUGCAUUUGUCGAAUUUAUCUUUUGCCGGGGAACUUAAAAAGUUUUUGACAAGUUGUGGACUUGAUAUCAUUAACACACGGACGGACAUGUAGUUUUAUAUUAAUAAGUAUGUAAUAAUAUAACGCAAUAUAAAUUGACAAAUUUAUAGUAUGUUAGUUCGUGUGUUAUGUCUUUGUAUGGACUAAUAUUGCUUAUAUAUUGUGUAAUAAUUUUAUGUAGCGAAAUAAAGUCAUACGUAAUUAGUUUUAAAACGUUGUUACGUCUUUUGUCUACCUUCUUUAUCCACUUUUCACUAUUAAUUUAUUAACUCUUUGAUUUUAAUAAAGCAUUAUUAGUUCAUAUAAAGAUUACACUAUGAUUGCCAAAGCAUUUUGACGAUCAUUCACUUAAAUAUAGGUAAAUUCUCGUUUUCAUAAUAUAAAGGUGAAUAUAAUGUAUUAUUAUUAAAAACAUUCUGAUUAAAAAUAAAUUUAGGCUAGCUUCCAUCAUGUGACAGCGCCCGUUUGUAACUUUUCGAAUUGCCAGAUUUGAAUAUCGAUAUUCUCAAAAAAAAAAAAAUUAAAAAUAAAAUAUCUUUUUUAAAACAAAAAGCGCGCGCUGUUGCAUUCUUUAGCCGUAAUGUCACAGAUUGUAAAACAUCACCUUAAUGUUAUAUGCUAGAAUAAUUUUCGUUUUCAUUUAGUUUUAAUGUUAGAACAAUGUUUUUUAUUGUUUUAAUAAGGUAUUACGAUGGAGUCAAAAUAAAUCGAAUCCGAAAAGUCGAGAACAAUUUAUAGAAUUAGUAAUAUUUCUUAUUUCACUCUUCUAUUCCAAAAUGGCAGCUAAUUAUGAAAAUAAAAUAAAAACGGGGAUAAUUUAAAACACUGGACAGUUUUCUUUAAAUCAUCUGUAAUUUGUUUUAUUCAUCUAAAAGUUUAGUUUUUUUCACAAUUUUUGAAGUGAAAACUUCUUUAGCGCCGUUGAGUACUUUUUCUGUAAUGGGUAUAAAAUCUUAAACUCGCGUCAGGACACGUGACCUGAUCGAAAAAGCGUGACGGAUGGAGAGAACUCAACGUUCAUAAUCAAGUUUUCACUUCUGCCGGCACUCCCGGAGUGCAACCCGUCUUUUUUUAUAAACAAUUUAAUAUCAUGUCUCACUCAUUUACACACCAUUUAACGUUAAUUUUUUUUUUCAAGAUUAAUAGUUCUAUUUAGUUAAAAGUUGCCAGUAUUUUUUAAUUAUUCCCGUGUAGUGUAUUAAUUAUCGUAAUAUCUUUGAAAUAACUUAAAAUUUAUAUAAAUUGCGCAGGAUGGUUGUGAACAGAGUUUGUUUAUUUUUGAUGUUGAAACCCGUUUAUCGUGUGAUAUAGGAUUAUUUUUGUGCAUUUUUAUUUUCUUUUUUAUACAUAGUUUUUUCUUUGUCUUUUUCUUUGCGAUUAAUUUGCCGACUCGAUGUAAGGUAAAUUAUAGGAAUAUCAUAUGGAUUGUUAAUGCCCGGUUAUUUAAUAGAAAUAGAAAAUAGUUUUGCUUGCAAAUUGUUAAAAUUCACGUAAGGAAGAAUAGAAUAUUCUCUAUUAAUUGUUUAAUAAAAUAAAUAACAUGAAAAUGUAAAAGUAUAAAACUCACUUGAAUAGUUUUUUUCUUUACUUAAUUUUUCAUAAUUGGUUCAUAGUAGCCAAAAGAAAUACUGUUUCUCAUACCCAAAAUCCUAGAAGAGAACAAUUUUCUAUCGAAAUCGUGCAUAAUCUAUCGUGCAUAAUCGUGCAUCAGCAGUUAUGAGGUUGUUCUACAAUUGAUUUAUUAUAUUAUGUGGCAUUUUAAUUUUAAAUACAUAGCAAAAAUUUUGUUAAUUUUUUUUCUUUUCUUGUUUUAACUGAUUAUGUUGUAAAAAGUUUAAUUUUGAAAGUUACCAUUGUUUCAAGAAUUGCGUAAUGUAAUAUGUAUUGUCAUCUUAAACCCUAAAAUACAUAAAUAAAAUAUUGUAAUGUAAUUGUUAAACUAUGCUUUUGUAAUUUAUAAAAUUUGAUACGAUUUUAAAUCAUUCGAAAAUUGCAGUUUCCAAUCGACCAAAAUAACAUUAAUAACACAAAUCGUAUCAAAUUUUCUUGAUCUUCGACUUGCAUCUUCUGUACUUAAUGCCAUCUUUAAAAUUAAAAAUGUAGACAGGGCUGCCACAUGUGUCAUUUAUUUUAUACUCAUUUUAAUUUUUAAAUAUGGUAGCCCUGUUACACUAUGUUAUGGUUGGAGAGAUGCUACGUUAGAGCAAUGAUAUGAUGAUAUAUCGCUUAAAGACUGAUGUGAUGGUACUACAGUGUAAAAUGAUUGAUGAUUGUAAUAGGACACCAUAGUUUUGUACUCAACGAAUGAAAUUUAAAGAUGCAACUUGAAAUAAAAGUAUUUACUCUU